AUGUUUCGCACACAGAAUAUUAAGGCCUAUUUGGGAAUACAGUAUGCCAAGGCCCCAAGAUUUGCGCCACCCGAAAUUAAAGUGAACAAAUGGAAUAUGAUAUAUAAUGCAACAUCAUAUGGACCAAAGUGUUGGCAAAGGCAAAAGGAUACAAAACCGACCGAUAAGCAAACAUCCACUAUACAGGAACUCUUGAUGACUUCUAUUACAGGUGGAGCAAGUUUUCGAGAUGGCUAUGACGAGGAGUGCUUGUAUUUAAAUAUAUUCAUACCAGAUGGCCCCCCUGGUUUAACGGGAUAUGCUGUAAUGGUUUGGUUUCAUGGUGGUGACUUCUCAUCUGGUAGUCCUACAGACAUCGAUCCUUUUCAAAUGGUUUUUAAGCAGAAAGUCAUUGUGAUUACAGUGGCUUAUCGAUUGAGCAUAAUGGGAUUUUUAUCAUCUGGAGAUGCCGAGGCUCCUGGAAAUUUUGGUCUAAUGGAUCAGUCCGCAGCACUCUUAUGGAUACGAAAAAAUAUUGCACACUUUGGCGGUGAUUCGAAAAAAAUUACUAUAGUUGGAAUAGGCGCUGGAGCCGUGAGUGCAGGCCUACAUCUUACUUCGGGUGAUUGGUCUAGAAACAGUUUCCACAGAGUAAUCAUGAUGUCAGGAAAUCCACUAACAGAAGACACCGUAAGGACAUUUAAUGCGUUCAGCCCACACUUGGAUGUGAUUGCAAAUGUUUUUGGUUGUAAUCGUAAACCGACUUCAAUGCUUAUGCAGUGCCUGAAAAGAGUUGACGCCAAAAGGUUGAUGGAUAAUCUUCCAGAUGUAGAAUUCGGACCUAUUAUUGAUAAAGGUUUCAGUAAUUCAUCUAAAGGAUUUAUUGAUGAUUUUCCAGUAGUCCUCUUAAGAAACGGAAAUUAUCAUAAAGUUCCAAUAAUGAUGGGAAUGACUGACAUGGAAGACGUUCUACAAAUAUUAGAUGAUGAGGAGCGAGAAGGAACCGAAAUGACAGCUGAAGACUUUGAAACAUUUGCAUCCAAGGUGGCAAUGAACGACAUUCAGAAAAACAAUCAAAGUGAUCUAUGGUGCACUGAUUAUCCUAUAGUAUUGGAUUCCAUUAAUCUGAUGUAUAAAAAUGAGGAGGACGUUAAUCAGGAAACUGUCUUAAACAAUUUUAUAAGUUUUCACACAGACCGAGUGUACUUGGCUCCCCUCUUCCUCUUGGCAAAUCUUGUAAGCACCGAUGAAGACGUAUAUGUCUACUAUUUUAAUAUUCGCCCGAAAACUGAAUUCUAUACACUUCCUAAUUGGAUAAGUGUUCCCAAAUAUUUUGAUCAAAUAUUUAUAUGGGGUGUGCCAUAUAUGAAUAACCAAAUGUUUAUUAAUCGUUGGAAUGCGACCGAUAAGAAAAUCGCCGAAAUGGUUAUGACCCUUUGGGCAAAUUUCGCAAAAACUUCCAAUCCUACGGCUUCCAAUGUUUACAUAAAAUGGAAUUCCUACAAUGUCAACAAUCAGUCCUAUUUAGUAAUAAACGAAGAUUUCAAUGUACGAACUGUGGCUGAAAAUCACAAAAUAAAUUUUUGGAAUGAUUACUACCCCAAAUUGAUAGAUUUUGCCAUUGAAUGUUGCGCUUCCAGAAACGUCGCUAAAUCACAUCUUCCUCUACAUGGUUUCAAUAUAACCUUUAUAACUAUAAUAUAUAUUUUACAUAAAAUGUUUAUAGUGUAA